AUGGUCGAUGCGUGGAAUCAGGGUGUCCUUAUAUUCUUCGCAGCGGGAAAUAACGCAAUAGAAGUAUCUCAGGACUUGUAUCCCUACCCAAUGGCUAUUUCCAGUCCUCACAUAACCGUCGGUUCAUUGUCAGAGAAUUGGGACAAGGCGCCUCACUCUAAUUUUGGUCCUCUCGUCGAUAUAUAUGCUCCUGGUCAAAACAUUACCGUCCUCAAUAGAAGGAGCGGCGUUAGAGCCGUAGAUGGCACUUCUUUCGCAUCACCUCUCGUCGCCGGCAUGGCGCUAACCUUGUUAGCAAAGAUGGAUCCCUUACCCAAGGCUGAGGAUACAGCUAGGAUUCUGGCUACGCAAAUUCUUGAUCUUGCUACCGAACAUAAAGUUGGGGCCAUCCCUGGAGCUGGACCUGCUGAAUACCAGCGUGUUGCCUUUAAUGGAGGACUGGAUCCCCGGUAA